UUAGCAUGUGAUGUACAAACUCGUAUCUGGUACACACAGGUUAAAGUAAUAUCAAGCAGUAUCUAACAUGUGGGACAUGAAUUAGUACCAAGGUAAUAUUAAGUAGUACUUAGCAUGUGGUACACUAUUACAGAGUAGUUAUAGUAAUAUCAAGAUGUAUUUAGCGUGUAAUGUAUUAAAAGUUGGUUCGGGCACACUAGCUGGUAUCUGGUAUCCAUGUGUAUUUGCUUCCACUCGUAUCCAUUCUUGAGGUUCAGUAUCUUGUCCAGUCUGGAGUUAAAGCAUUUUUUUUCUUGCAUAAUCAGGCACAAUUUUUUCUUGACAGAGGAAAAUGGCUGAAGACUUCGCAGCUAAACUGAAGGACUAUGAGACUGCUCCUUUUGAUGCCCGGUUCCCAAACCAGAACCAAACCAGGAACUGCUGGUCCAACUAUGUGGACUAUUUCCGUUGCCAAAAAACUCUGGAGGCUAGAGGAGUGGACACGACCCCGUGUGAAUGGUACAAGAGGGUCUUCACCUCGCUCUGUCCCAUGGCCUGGAUUGAAAAAUGGGAUGAGCAGAGAGAGGCGGGGACCUUUGCGGGAAAAAUCUAAGGCUGCAACAGCGUGUUCACAUUGGGGACCAUGUAGUUCUGUCACCAAGUGUCUGGUGCUGCAAAGUACACUGUAACUCAAUAUUCCUUACAAAUGCACUGAAAUGUAUCGCAGAUAGUCCAUUAAAAUAUCUCAGGGUAUAUUUAUGGAAUUCUAUCUUCCUUCA